AUUCUUGUUGGGGGAACUAUAUCGCCCACACUUGGCCACAUCCCUCACAUCCCUCUUCACAUUUUUUAUUUAAAAGAAAGUCUUAAAAAUUGCCAUCACCUGAAGUACAGAUCAUUCCCACAGAUUCAUCAUUGUCAAAUUUUGUAGACGGAAACAGAGUGAAGAUUUGAAGAAGGCAAGUUUUCUGCACGCUGCUGGUUGCAUUAAGAUAUAUACCUUGGCUGGAUAUUGACCGGAACGGGUUUCUUCGCAUACAUUUUCUUCCAUAUUUCCAGACAUUUGUAAGAAGAUAGAAAUUUACAACAGUUUACGUGCAGCACAAUAUAGUUUUAAUUUAUUUUCUCAGCACUACAUUUCUGUGGCUAUUAUCUAUUGUUUGAGUUUGCAUUUAUUUGACAAUCAUUUUACAAUGAAAUCAUACGCAAUACGACUUGUAUUCAUCUUGUGCAUAUGCUGCAGUACAAGUGCUCAAAACUCAGUGGAAACGGUGCUAAAGUAUAAUGGUGAUCAAUUCAAGAAGGAAGUUCCUAAUAAGCCGCAUUUUAUAUUCUAUUUUGUCCCGUGGUCUGGAGAAUCCAAAAAUAUUGCCGGAAUCUGGGAGGAAUUGGCAUUCAAGUUUAAUAAAAAACCAGACUCUGAAGUAGUUGUGGCAAAGGUCGACUGUCAAGCUGAAAGUGACCUAUGUGCUUAUCAAGACAUUUCCGAUUACCCAACAAUCAAAUUCUAUCGACCGGGUGCGGAUCCGAUGGGUGUGCGUUAUCGGGGAGUAGAAGACUUGAACUCGGUUGAGCAGUUUAUGAACAGAAAUUUGGGGAAUAACGCUGAGUUUGUAUUUGGAGCACGGGUACCUAUGAUUCCUGAACCUGAUGGUGGUUUACAUUGGUUGCAAGAUGAGAACUUUGAUGAAGCGAUGGGAUCAGUCUCCAAAGCAUUUGUGAAAUUUUGCACGCCAUGGUCGUCGAAGUGCAUGGAUUUAGAUCCAAUUUGGAAAGAAAUUGCCAAGCAUUUUAGAUUUGAAGAUGACUUUAUCUUGGGACAAGUGGACUGCAGUAUGAGUAAAAGCACCUGCAAUGAAAACGAGGUUAGGGGUUAUCCGACCUUGCUGUGGCUGCAGGAUGGAAUUGUGGUGGAAAAGUAUGAAUCCAAAGACAGAUCGGUGGAGACAUUGAAGAAAUAUUUGUUAGAAAAACUAGGAAGAGAGGAAGUGAGAAGGCUUCCAGUGGGUUACGAAGAGGAAAAGGACCCUACGGACGUCGUUGGUUUAUCAAAAGACGAAUUUUAUGAAACUUUGAAAGGCCCAAAGUUGGUUUUCGUGCAAUAUUGGACGGCGUGGUGCUCAGAUUGCUUGGCGAUGGAUACUGCAUGGGAAACAUUGGCUGCAAAUUACAAUGAAAAGAAUUCCAAAAUAAUUAUUGCGACGGUCGACUGUGUUUUGGAUAAAGCAAUUUGUGACGAACAGAAGGUCGUGGACUUUCCAACCUUGAAUUUAUACCAAAAUGGAAAGCUUGUAUCUACAUAUACUGGAAAUCAUGAAGUUAAGGAUAUGACACUGUUCGUGGAUAUUGCCAUCAAAGCAAAACAAGAACUAUGAAUUCAAUUUAAAAGUUAACAAGAGACGUAUUACUGAAUGAUAAUUUAUUUCCUUUAUUUUCCUCUCGUAAUUUUAUUCAAAUAAUUAAUAUAAUUGUGUAAAUGGAUUGCAAUGAAAUGAAACGAUCCACGUGUGAAUGUGUCAUGGCAUGAGUAUUCUUUAUCACAUGAAAUGUAUGCACCCUGUUAUACAAGUACUUUAACAAAUAAGUAGUGAAAUAUUUGAGAACAUGUAUAUUUCACUUUUCUUGGGUAAUCUCAAUAAAAUCAAAUUUGUUAUGGUCAGAA